UCUCCACCUCCAGCGGGCGGGUUCUGGGGAAGAGGGUGUGGCCGCCGCCGCCCUGCAGCUGGUCUCCGCACUGGAGAGAAGCUUUUGCUGCACUGACUGAACUCUGAACUUGACAUAGAACCAUGGCUAUGGCAACCAAAGGAGGUACCAUCAAAGCUGCUUCUGGAUUCAAUGCCUCUGAGGAUGCCCAAGCCCUGAGGAAGGCCAUGAAAGGACUUGGCACUGAUGAAGAUGCCAUUAUCAGCAUUUUGGCCUAUCGGAACACAGCCCAGCGCCAAGAAAUCCGGACAGCCUACAAAAGCAGUACUGGCAGGGACCUGAUAGACGACUUGAAGUCAGAACUAAGCGGCAACUUCGAGCAGGUGAUCUUGGGGCUGAUGACACCCACCCUGCUAUAUGACGUGCAGGAGCUGAGAAAGGCCAUGAAGGGAGCCGGCACAGACGAGGGCUGUCUGAUUGAGAUCCUCGCCUCGCGUACCCCUGAGGAGAUCCGGCUCAUCAGCCAGGCCUACCAGCAGCAAUAUGGACGGAGCCUUGAAGAAGACAUUUACUCUGAUACAUCGUUCAUGUUCCAACGAGUGCUGGUGUCUCUGUCAGCUGGUGGCAGGGAUGAAGGGAAUUACUUGGAUGACACGCUCAUGAGACAGGAUGCCCAGGACCUGUAUGAAGCUGGAGAGAAGAGAUGGGGAACAGAUGAAGUGAAAUUUCUAAGUAUCCUCUGCUCCCGGAAUCGAAACCAUCUGCUGCAUGUGUUCGAUGAGUACAAAAGGAUAUCACAAAAGGAUAUUGAACAGAGUAUAAAAUCUGAAACAUCUGGUAGCUUUGAAGAUGCUCUGCUGGCCAUAGUGAAGUGCAUGAGGAACAAACCAGCCUUUUUUGCUGAAAAACUUUAUAAAUCUAUGAAGGGCUUAGGCACUGAUGACAGCACCCUCAUCAGAGUGAUGGUUUCCCGAGCAGAGAUCGACAUGCUGGACAUACGGGCAAACUUCAAGAGACUCUACGGAAAGUCUCUGUACUCCUUCAUCAAGGGUGACACAUCCGGAGACUACAGGAAAGUCCUGCUCAUUCUCUGUGGAGGAGAUGAUUGAAAUGCACUCCCAGGAAAGGAGAAUUCUAAACACUAAUUUUUUUUUUUACUUCACCUGUCUUCAAUGCUAUAAGCUUUACCUCAGAUACUAACUUCCAAUUAAAAUGUCUACAGUUGUCUCCUAGUAUGAUGACUGUAUUAUAAUCAGAUAUAAUUAGUCAUUUUGCUGCUUUAAACCUAUUAUUGCUUACAAGUCCUAAAUGGAGCUUUAAAAUUAGAAAUUUAAAUGUUUUCCUUUUUCUUAAACAGAUAAUCUCAUUUGUAUCUUACAGAAAUCAAGUAUACUAUAUUUUCAUGUUUUCAGUAAAAAUCUUAUAAGCAGCUGGGUGUGGUGGCACACGCCUUUAAUCCCAGCACUUGGGAGGCAGAGGAAGGAGGAUUGCCAUGAGUUCAAGCCUGCCCUGAGACUACAUAGUGAGAGUUUGAGGUCAGCCUGAGCUACAGUGAAGCUAUACCUCAAAAAAUCAAAAAAAAAGAAAUUGUACAUUUAUAAGACUAUUCUAGAAUCACUUUCUUCUCUGAUCCUACUUUUUUUUUUUUGUUGUUUUGUUUUGUUUUUCGAGGUAGGGUCUCACUCUGGUCCAGGCUGACCUGGAAUUAACUCUGUCAUCUCAGGGUGGCCUUGAACUCAUGGCAAUCCUUCUACCUCUGCCUCCCGAGUGCUGGGAUUAAAGGCGUGUAUCACCACGCCCGGCUUGAUCCCACUUUUUUAGAAUGGUUAAUAAUUUGAAAUUGUGAGCAUCAAUUAGUAAGAAUACCCAUUCAGGGCUGGAGAGAUGGCUCAGCAGUUAAGGUGUUUGCCUCCAAAGCUUAAAGACUUGGAUGCAUACCCCAAUGCCCACAUAAAGCCAGAGCCACUUGUGUAUGGAGUUCAUUUGCAGUGGCUAGAGGCCCUGGUGUGUCCAUUCUUUCUAUAUGCCUCUUUCUGUCUCUCUUUCUCAAAUAAAUAAAUACAUAAAUAAAAUAGUUUUUAAAAAGAAUACCCAUUCAGUUUUGUAUUUUACAUAGUUAUAGAUCAAAACCAUUCAUGAAGGUCCUCUUUGGUUCUGUUAAUGUUAGUUGAUUAUUCCUAAAUUUGGUUUGGGAGACAUCCUCUCACCCUGUACUCACAUCACUUUAUCCAGGUAAAGUGUACAAAAAUCAUGAACUCAUCUAAACAAGUUUAAUUUCAAAUAUGAUUAAAUAGAUCAUGUCUAGUUAUCAAUGUUGAAUAUUCCACAGUAUUAUGGUUGUCCUAAGCAAGUUUAAAAGUGAAUGGAAAAAAGUAAGAUUCAAAUACAGACAUUCUGGUAAUAGUAUAAACUUCUGGAUUGUGUAUGGCUUGAAACGUUUUCUGCUAAAAAUAAUUUUUAGAAUAUUUUUUAUUUUGUUAAUUUGUAGUAACUCACAUUUGUAUUAUGACUUUUCAACCUCAUAAUAAUUCUAAAAGGGUACUUGGAUUGAAUUAAGAAGUUUAGUUUGUAAGCAACAUAGACAAAUCAUUUUAAUAUAAGUGGUGACUUUGGGGCUGAGGAAAUAGCUCAGAGGUAAAAGGUGCUUGCUUGCAAAAUCUGCUGUGGUUCAAUUUCUAGUACAUAUGUAAAGCCAGAUGAACAAUGUGGUGCAUAUGACUACAGUUUGCAGCAGCAAGAGGCCCUAGUGCACCCAGACGUACACACGCAUGUAUGCUCACACAUCACACACACACACCUCUCAAAUAAAUAAAAUAUUUUUAAUAAAAUUGGCAAUUUUAAAGUAAA